AUGAGCAUACUAUUAUCAGCUAUCGCAUCGCCUUUCCUCCCACAAAAUGAGGAUUCAUGGUCUGAAUUCGAUCAAAUAGCCAAUAAGCCAAAGACAGGAAUCUACUCAAUCUUCUCGCCAAUUGCUUGUCACGUUGGCGAAGCACUUAUAUAUACCACUUUAAUUACUAUUGCCAUGGUGGUGUGGAACGUUGACAAGACCAGUAAUCGAAUAUCCUAUGGUGUCACGAGCCCCAGUAUCUAUUCACCCGGCGAGGAAGCUGUUGAGUAUCGAACCACCUCCCUCAUGUCGACCUACGCCGGUAAUCCCUACGCAGGUGACCCAAGACCAGAACAUGACAACGCUUGGACUGACAUCAUGGAUAGUCACGUCUUGAGCCUCCACUCUUUGAGAUCUGACAGCGCAUCCAAGAUUGGCUCUCGCAUAGGAAAUCUGAACACAGGCUGGGAGGACAAUAAUCACGGCCACGAUAGCGACAGUACAGUAGGAUUUACAGCUACAAGUACCGGGCCGGUAUCUCUUAGCCAUAACGAUAGAGACUUGGAGCUGUCUAACAUAGAAAGAGGCAAUUCUGCCAUCGCUAUCACUAAAGCCUUCAAAGCCGAGUCAGUCGAGAGAAUUGAGAACCCGUGA